CAUGCUAUCAGCGCCGAGAAUAAACCACACAUUAAAAAAACGUCCUUCGGAGGACAGAGAAGAGGACUGAACUCAUUUUCCAAAACAGCAGACAUCAUGAAAACAGUCAGACAGCGACAAUGGUUUUUCAUAUAUCUACACAGUUUCCUGGUUGGCAGUUUAGUUGAGUCUUCUUCCCUGUCCUCCACCACCCUGUCCGUCACCUCCAAGGUGGGGAACCAGGCGGUGCUUCCCUGCAGCUGGAAGCAGCGCCUGCGGGAGGUGCCCCCGGCCGCCUGCCACGUCCAGUGGAUGACCCCGGACGACACCGUGUUCGAGCUCCAGGGUGUACAGAAGUGGCAGGCGGAGGAGUUUGAGGGCAGGGUGGAGGUUCCUGAGGGGAAGCUGCAGUCCGGGGAUUGUUCUCUGAUCAUCAGUGAUGUUCAGAUUGGAGACAUGGGGAUAUACGAGAGCUUCAUGGUGGUGGAUGGAGUGAGGUCCACUAAAACCAGGGUCUUCAUUCAGAGCGUCAAGCUGUCUGUGUUUGACCACAAAUCCCUUCAGUCUCGAGUUCCAGGUGAGGACUUAGUUCUGGAUCUCCACACCCGUCACUCUGUGAGAGUAGUCUUCCAGGGCAGGAACAACUCGGAGUGGUCGGACCUGUGGGUGAAGGGGGAUGAAAACAGUCAGCGUCUUGAAAAAGAUAAGCUUAAGGAGCAGGUGAAGAUAAUGAAGUUAAAGAGCUCAGAUGAAGGAACGUACAAAGUUCUGGAUGGACAUGGCCUCGCUGUCAGCACCGUGCAGCUCUUAGUUAACGAAGGCUCAACGGCUCUCAAACUCUACCAGACUCUCGACAAUCAAGUACCAGCUGAUGGAGCUGCCAAAAGCAGCUGUUCAGCUCUUCUAAUCUUGUCUGUUCUCGUCACGAGUUUCCAAAUUCUUCUUCAUCUCCUCUGAGAAACUGUAGCCAGCAAACAAUGUAGAUGUUCUCUGUCUGUCAGAUAUCAUACUCGUGUUUCUGAGCUUUAGCCGGAUAAGAUGCGUGUGGUAUUGUGUUGAUUUUAAGUGAUUUUAAGUUUGUAUUUCUGUUCAACAGGCUGACUUCUAAAACAACUUUGGAGUCAAAUGUAGUUUUCAAACUAAAUGUGUUUUAUAAGAAUAAUUCUUUAAAAUAUGCUGAUUCACAUAUGUAAGAGUUAGAACUGAGGUAAACUGCUAUUCUGGCUAUUUCUAGUCCAGAAAUACACCAACCAAGGCUAAAUAAUUAACAUGCUCCAUCUAUUCAAAUGUAUCCAAUCCAAAUCCAUACAUCUAAAAAAAGAGUAAGAAAAAUGAUUUGAUAGAAGGAUAUAUGCAGGACUAUUUCUUGACUUGGCAAAAUGUAAUAACACGAGGAUUUCAUGAUAAAUAGUUAAGAACACACUGAAGAAUUAUCAAGACUCUUGACAAAAUUAAAAUGCGUUUGGUGAAUCUGACACUGAAAAAAGUGUAUGUAUAAACACGUGUGCGUAUGUAUGUAUACGUGUAUAUACAUACAUACGCACGUCUGUACAUACAUACAUACACGCGUGUAUGUAUCUACGUGUGUGUAUGUACGUACAUGCAAAACAUGAAUUAUGUCCUAAUUAGAUACAUACACAUGCACAAGCGCACGUGUAUGCAUGUACAUAUAUGUGCACGUGCGCAUGUAUCUAAUUAGGACAUAAUUCAUGUUUUGCAUUAAAUAGUAGCUGGUUUGUAUUGUGAAAAUUAAGUUGACCUACCUCAUGUCUAUAUCCAAUAACCUGGUGGUGUGAUGUUAUUCAUAUUUAGCUUGCCGUAUGAAACUAUAACCGAUUGCAUUUAAAAAAUGAAUAAAAUAAAAUAAAACAAGCUA